UUCGGAGUAUGUACACCGCAGAUUGCCAGGCCAGCACACAAACCUGCUUUGGAGGGCUUUUCUCACAGCAGACGAAGGCGCCGUCGUGCUGCUUGAGCUGCAGGAUGGGCCACGAAUUGGGCUUGGGGAGACUUGGCAGCUCAAAUCAGAACAGCAACCCCGCUGUCAAUGUGCAGGACUGCCAAGAGUGGAGAGAACCGUCCUGCGAGGAGUACACAAGCAGGAGAUCUGCUGGAGUGAUAGUCACCAGCAACCAGACGGCAAGGUUUGACGAUUUAGCGAACUGGCCUGGGUUCCCUGGAGAUGGGAUGGGAUGGCGGCCGGAGAGAUAG